UUCUUUUUAGCGUCGCAUUCUUUAACUUAGCUUUAUUUAUUGAUUUUAAAACAAUUGAACAACAUGCGAGACACAGAACCGACAGCUGUUGCACCGCGACAAAACUGGAUUGUGUGUCGGCUAUGCCUGACGCAGCCCAAGGAGCCCAUGUCCAGCAUUUUCAGCGACGAUGAAACGAAGGAUGUGACAAACAUGAUUAAGAAAUGUGGCGGUGUGCCAAUCAAAAGGUUCGAUCACUUUCCGGAUAAAAUAUGCACGAGGUGCCUCAAGGUGCUGCACAUUUCGUUCAGAUUCCGCCAGACCUGCCAGCAGGCGUACAAGCACCUCCAAAAGUUCGUGGGCCCCAUCGAGGUGGAGCAGAAGGCGGACGACGAUUCGCUGAGUGCAGCGCAAGAAGCCCCUGUGGCGGACGAGGAGGAGGAGGAAGAGGUCGUCGAGGGUCACUAUGAGCAAAUCGAGGAGAAUAUGCCAACCAGCAACGAGCUGGCCGAGGCGCAGGCAUUUGCCGACGACAUGGAGGAGAGCAUUUUGGUGGAGCUCGAGAAGGCGGAGAAUGUGCAUGUAAAGAGCGAGCAGGUCGAGGAGGAUGGCAUCAUCGAGGAGCUGUAUGAUGUCUACGAUUCCUUCGACGGCGAUGGCGACAUUGUGGCAGAAGGCAUCUACGAGCAGGAACAGGUGCAGGAGUUGGUCGAGCACUCGCUGUCUGGCCUCUCGGCGGACAUUGAGUAUUUGGAGCAUGUCGAGCAGGAGCAGGAGCAGGAGCAAGAACAGGAUCAGCUGACGGAGAGCGCCAACGAGGACGAGAUGGAAGAGACAAAUUCGGCGGAAGAGGAAUUCCUACCAAGUAAACCAGUGCGAGGGCUAGCAGUCAAGCGACGUGUCAACACCCGCGCCAAGGCAGCCACCACAGCAACGAUCACAUCCUCAGCCCCCACCAGGGCAAGCGUGCGUAACAAUCCCUUGAAGAUAAAGCGUGGCAACAGCGACACAGUCAGCCUGGGCGACUCGACCAUCACAAUUGGCGAUUCCAUGAUGCGCAAACAUGGCAUCAAGACCAAAGGUGGCCACAAAAUCCUCAUCGGCGACAAGAAGGAGUUCAAGUACAUCUGCGACAUCUGCGGCAAUAUGUACCCCUCCCAGAGUCGCCUCACCGAGCACAUAAAAGUCCAUUCGGGCGUGAAGCCGCACGAGUGCGAAAUCUGCGGCUAUUGCUUUGCUCAGGCACAGCAGCUGGCGCGUCAUAUGAAUACGCACACAGGGAAUCGGCCGUACAAGUGCAGCUAUUGCCCGGCCGCCUUUGCAGAUCUCUCCACGCGCAACAAACAUCAUAGAAUCCACACCAAUGAGCGUCCGUACGAGUGCGAUGUGUGCCACAAGACGUUCACCUACACAAACACACUCAAGUUCCACAAGAUGAUCCACACAGGCGAGAAGCCGCACGUCUGCGACAUUUGCGGCAAGGGCUUCCCGCAGGCAUAUAAGCUGCGCAACCAUCGUGUGGUGCAUCAAAAACGCGGCUCCAACAGGGACUCCGUCGCUGGCCUGAUGCCCUAUGACACGGCCAACAUUGUGGGCAUCGAGAUGUAGAUCUAAUCAAGCAAAUCUUACAAGAUUAAACAUAUAAAAUUGUAAUUAAAGAUCUAAUUAUAUUAAGAAUCUUAAGUUUAGCCUAAUUAUGCGGAAAUAAAUUAAUUAUAGCUGCGCA